AUGGCUGAUGAAGAAGACAACAGAGUUAGAAGCCUGAGUGAUUUACCCGAUAAUGUUCUUGGCCGCGUCUUAUCCUUUCUACCAACACAAGAAGCCUCUAGAACGAGCAUAUUAUCAAAAAGUUGGCGAUACUUAUGGUCAUUGACUCCCAACCUUGACUUGGAUGAUCAAAGAGCCUAUAACCCUAACAAUUACUUAACACACUCGACAAAUCUCCUCUUUCUCAAUUAUGUGGAAAGGUCCAUCUCUCUUCGAAAAUUCACCAAGAGCUUCCAUCUCAAAUUCAGCAUUUAUGAUGAUCGAUCGAAUCGACAUGAUGUCUCUUCCUUGGAGUCUUGGAUCACUGGUCUGGUUAAGCGUAACGUUGAAGCUGUAUCACUAUCUCUACAUAUACACCGGCGAGUAAUAUCGAUUGAUUUUCCUGAUUGCUUUUUGUCUUGCAAAACACUUGUGGAUUUUGAAAUCGAAUCCACCAAGGCUGGAGCCCUGGUAAUUUACAUCCCCGAACCUCUUCGUCCCUCGAUGUGUUUCUCAAGUCUCAAAACCUUGAGUUUCAUAAACGUAACAUUUACAAAUGAAGACUCUACCAAUCAACUAUUUUCUAGCUGCCCGGUCCUUGAAGAGUUGACUUUGAAUCAAUGUCGGUGGUGGGAUAUCAAGGCUCUCAAUGUUCUUGCGCCGAAGCUCCUGAGGUUAACUAUAAUCGAACCUGCCUACAAUGCAAAUGAACCAGAAGAAUUUCGGAAUUGCCGGAUCGCAGUUCUUGGAACUAAUCUCAUGCAUUUCAAGUAUGAAGGUAUCUUCAGGCACGAGUAUUACUUAUGCAAUUCACCAUCACUGGAUAAGGCAUGCAUUGAGGGGUUUCCAAAGGUUUUGGAACACGGCUACUAUCGAUUGUAUAGGAUUCUUCGGUGUAUCUCUAAUCUAAAAGAUUUAGAGAUUCGGCUGGUUCCAAAAGUUGAAGAACAAGACCUAUAUAAUAUGCCCAUGUUCAAGAACGUAACCCGUUUGCAUAUAUUAUCGAGGGUUAAAGGGAAUGGAUUGAUGAAGAUCCUGCAGAACUCUCCUUCUCUUUCUGAAAUUCUCAUAUUCUAUGAGGGAAUUUAUCUACCCUUUGAUAUAGAAUCUCUGCCUUUGUGUCUGUCACAUUUGAAGAACAUAGAGUUUCGUGUGUAUGGAAAUGAAAUAAUAACUUCGGAAAAUGCAUUCAAGUAUUUGCUAGAAAAUGCAUUUGUUUUGAAGAAGAUGAUUAUUUCAUUCUAUUGGACCGGUUCAUUGACUUCAUUCUCUGGAGACGAAGAAAACUUCAGAAAGUACAUUUUGGAACUUCCCCGAAGAUCAAAAGAUUGUGAAGUAUAUGUUUCAUUCUUUAUAUCGUGGUGA